UUAAAUCAGUUUAUCAAAGCUAAAUAUUUUCACCAUAAUAAUAACCCUCCAACCCUUGGGGACCUUUACGCAUAUUAGCUGGUCAUCGCGUGCACUUUGGGAUAUUAGCUCGAACUUGUGACGUCACAUACUCCUUGUAGAACAGCCCAUUAGUCGUUGCUUUGAAUUUGAAAGGGUAAGACGUGCUUUCUUUUUAUCAGACUAAUGCGCAAUUAAUAUUUCUAAACAUUUUAUAUGUUUUUUUCCGGUAUUAUUCGGAGCUCGAUGUGUGCAUAUUUUUUUUUUAGAUGUCAUUAAGCUAAUCAUUUUCUUUUACUGCGAAUUUCAUAGUGUAUACUUAUAUUUGGUUACAUAUACCCCCUUUCCUACCUCUGGGCGAUGCCUAAACGGAAGGCACAACACCAGCCCAUGGCAAGACGGCGGUCGAGGAGACAAACCCCAGAUGUCCCCGAGGAGAUGAGACAAAUCCCCGACGCCCAUGUCCAGUCGACAGGCGGCGAGACUGCGGGGACACAAUCCGCGCCUAGCGAUGGCGGGAAAAUUCCGGUGCACAUAAGCGACUACCAACUAAGACAGUUAGCUGAGGCCAUAUCGGCGGGCAUAGACAGAGGCGCCACACCAUCAAGUUCUACGGAGCCUGAUCUUAACUUCGAUGAAAAUGCAGAUAUGCAUCGAUUACAAGAAAAAAGAAAACAGAAAAGAAAAACAUCCAGAGUAUUUCGAAAUCCGAAUAAAAAGGUACAAGGUCUUCCAUGAGGUGCAACAAAGGGUGAAAAAGAGGAUGAUGAUACAAAGAUGUAAUGAAGGCGCGCCCCUUUACU